CGUUUCCUCUGCUCUUUAUUCAGUUUACAUCAUCACACACACUCUCUCUCUCUCUCUCUCUCUUUGAACACACUUCAAAUCUCUCCUCCGGUCAACAAAAAAAAAUGAGUUCAGUUUCUUCAUAAUAAAGCUUUAAAUCUGAAAGAUUCUUUCUUUUUCACUAUUCUCUGCAGACAAAGAUGAGGAAGACAUCUCUUUCUUCAAACAGCUUCGGCGGCUUCCUAAGCCCCGGAACAGCUCCGAGUAGCUACUCCGACAACAAAGGCUGGAGCUCCGAGAGAGUCCCCCACCCUUCCUCCUCCACCGCUUCUUCCACACCCACACUCAACAACGGCGGCCCUCGUCGCCACCUCGGCUCCUCCUCCGCUUUAACGGCGCCGUUUUACAGCGGCAGAGCCGUACCUUCCAAAUGGGAAGACGCCGAGCGGUGGAUUUGCAGCCCCGUCGCGGCUUGCCCGAACCUGAGCUCUCAGUUCUCUGAACAGAGACGGCAGAAGUCCAAAAGCGGUCCCAUUGUUCCUCCCACGCUCCCUCAUCCUCCGCCGUAUUCUCCGAGGUUGAGGGCUAUGGAAGCAGCUCCGAUAGGUUUGAUGGUGUCUGGCUCGCCGUUCUCUACCGGAGUCUUGGAGGCCGAAAGGGUUUUCAGAGGGAGUGUUGGUGGUGGUGGAGGCCAUGGACAUAGCCGGAGCUGGGUUGAUUUGAUGAGUGAAGAAACUUCUUCUCUCAGCUCCAAAACUGAUACUGAGGACAGGAAGGAGACGGCGGCGCAAUCUCCGGUGGUGUCAAGAAGAGACAUAGCUACUCAGAUGAGUCCAGAAGAUAUGAGUCCUAAUAAUAAUCCUCAGGAGCUAUUAUCUCCACCGUUGGUUGUUUCUGUGGUUGAGCCUCCUCCUUGUAGAGGAGGAAGUGAAGUGAGGGAAGUGAAGAUGGAUAAAGGAGCUAAGAUGAUUAAGCGUCCUAAGAGACGAGUCAUGUCUUCUUCUUCUUCGAGGGUUAUUAUGAGGAGAGAGGAGCAGCCUCCUGAGGUUGAAGACAACUCUGAAGCUUCUGCUUCCUCUUCCUCUUGGGAUAUCUCUGAACCAGCCAUGACUCUUUCUAAGUUGCAAAGAGAGGAAGCCAAGAUAGCAGCUUGGGAGAAUCUGCAGAAGGCUAAGGCAGAAGCUGCCAUUAGAAAACUUGAGGUGAAGCUGGAGAAGAAGAAAUCAGCAUCAAUGGAUAAGAUCUUGAACAAGCUUCAAUCAGCGAAGUUGAAAGCACAGGAGAUGAGGAGAAGUUCAGUUUCAGUAUCCAGUGACCAUCAACAAGAACAGCAACAAGUCUCCUCCAGAAACUCAGUGAAGAUCACUCAUCUUGUCCGGAGACAUACUUUCAUGACGCCUUUCAUGGCUUGCUUUGCUCCUCGCGUUGACUGCAGAAAGUCUCCAUCUGCUCGCUAGUUCCCAUUCUUUUCUUUUUUAUUGUGAAAGACAAAUUUGAACAAAAACAAAAGCAUUUGUACACUGCGAAUUUUCUUGUAAAGCUUUUGAUCUGUUCCCAAGUUUCACUUAUCUUCAUAAUAGUAAUACCUAGGCCUACCGGUUCGGUUUC